GCAGCGGCACGCUUCUCGCGGCGACCGUGUCAUAUCCAUUGUUUAAACCGCAGCGGCCUAAUCAUUCUCGGCUGAUUACGACUCUCCUUGAAUUACGCCUGCGUUUCGUAACUACCGAGAAGAAGACAUGGCCCAAGCACAGCGAAAACGACCGCGGCAGCCACUGCAGGCAUUCGACAACGCCACGUACGUGAUAUCGGGAGACCAGCUGGCCGGACAGGGGCCCUACAGCUACAACCCUCCGUACGAACGAAGCCAGGGAUUCGACAUGACCAGGCAUUCCGAUGGACGGCAUCCGCCGCUGCUUUACCGCCGCGAUGCAGACCUUUACGCCAUGAAGUCUGCGUGGCUCGCAGCUCAGCGCGGUAUCCCGGUUACCGGCGAAGCAAUAUGGCCUACGACGCCGAAGCGGAUCGACGAUCCACUUCCGCCUCCGAGCCACCUGCCAACUAUGGGACCUGACCGCGCCGUGACGUUUUCGGCGAGGGCCGGCGCUGGCGUUAACCACGGUCGGGCCGAUCCGUCGACGAGCAGCGCGACGACAAGCGCCACGACCAGCAGCAGCAGUGACAGCGGUAGCGGUAGCAGCACCGAUCGCAGCGGGGCCUGCGACGCUUGCAGCGCGACGAGCGGCGGCGGCUCGGGUUCCGUUGUCCCCGAGCGCCGCACCCUCCGCGGCCCCCGACUCGUUCGCUCUCCGCCAUCCAAGCGCCAGAAACGACGGGUGUCCUGGGCAACGUGCGCGCCCGUCGUAAUGAUGGCGCUGAUUGUGGCGUCCCUGCUGCUCGUCUCCCUCGCCGCCAUGGCACGCUCGACUCGCGUGAUGGCCGCUGUCUCAGCCGUCGGCCGUCUGAAUGUCAAUAACCGGAAGCCGGAGCUGGUCAUGUCGUCUGCCGAGGCCAGAGUGACCAUCCUGGCCCCAGAUCUGGUCGUUAGGUCACCGAAAGCGAAAACGACGAGUGGGCGCAUCGCAGGUACGCUGAACGAGACCAGUCCCCGCAGGACCGAGGAAGACGUUGAGAGAACGACGGUCGCGGAUGAAGCCGCUACUCGGCAGGUUACCGCCGGCAACGAGAGCGCGAGACAAGGCAAGCCACUGAAGCAGCCCGGCGGUCUCGAGGCCCCGGCGGGCGAUUACGGAAACGUCGAAGUCGGGGAAAGCAGCGAGGACCUCGUGGCUUUUCCGUUCCAACGUCCCAAGCGCCCCAUGUGUGGUGACGUGUUCUACACCCUCUGCCACCCGAGCUCCCAGCGCGAGUUCCACUACCGUCGCUCGGUGAACGCUUGCGUGGAGACGGCCGCCGACGCCGUGCACACGUGCAACCGAGGCGCCAACAGGUUCGCCUCGCUGACCCACUGCCGCCAAAGCUGCAAGCACGGGGGCCGCCGCCCGGCCGAGGAGUGUUUCGGCAAGCCGCUAUUCACCAGCUGUGCCAGGCAGGACGUGCUGUCCAGUUGGUGGUUCUUCGAGGGCCGGAAAUGCGUCCCCUGGAACUUCCCGUCGGGCGGGUGUCCGGCCGACGACAGCACCGUCUUCCGUUCGGCCCAGGAGUGCAGGGCGCAGUGCGUGGUGGGAGGACUCGGGCGUUCCCCGUGCCGUCCUCCCCUAGCGGUCACCUGCGAGGGCCACCACCUGAAGUACCCCUUCUUUGCUGACCUGUCCGCGACGGACGGUCGCAUCCGAUGCCUGCGCUCAUCGCCCGACGUGCUCCGGGGUCGCCGGUGCCUGACUGGCGCAAAUCGGUUUCGCACCCGUCAAGCGUGCGUAGUCAGGUGCAAAAACAGGCCGACGGCCUGAGUAAAGACUGAACAGCCCAUCGUGUUGUCUUAGAAUAUAAGAUUUGCAACGCGUGCGCUGGCCUCGAGCGUCUCUGAUGAGGGCAGCAAUAGUGCGGUCGGGGUUGCUUCGGAAAAGGCAACUUAAUAAGUUUACUUACAAAAAAUUUUUGAAGUAAAUAUGUAUUUCACUACGAC